AUGAGGCCCAUUCUAUUAUUCUCCUUAUUAGUUCUACUCUACAUAUCGAGCAAUGAUGUCGAAGCACGCAAAAAGGACAAAAAUUUGAAGGUGACAGUCGCUGACGAAAUUCCAACACCGUCGCAGCCAAGGAAAACAACUGGAAAAAAUUCGAAACGAGCUGCGAAAGAGUCACCGCAACAGCAAAAGAAAUUCAUUCAGGCUGCUCCAGCAUCUUCGAACAAACAUAAGGAUGACGACAAUUCGAUCGAUGACGUUGACGAGGAUCGAAUCGAUGAAAUUCUGCGCGACGCCACCAAGAAUCUCGUCAUUUUCUUGUAUGACGGAAAGGUUCCAUGUCCGACGUGCAACGAAGCACUCUCCGAAGUCGAAGAGAUCGACGACGACAUCGAAGCGACCGGUUACGUUCAAGUCGUCAAAACCGAUGAUCGUUCGGUGGCUCGCGAGCUCGGAAUCAACACAUUCCCGGCGUUGGUCUAUUAUCGCCGCAAGAAUCCAAUCCUCUAUGACGGAGACUUCAAGGACUCCGAGAACGUUUUAAGAUGGCUCAGAGCUCAUGAGGAGGUCGCCACGUGGGAUUUGACCGACGACAACUUUGAAUCAAGAACCGAUUCACAUUCUCCGGAUGAGGGAGCCAUCGAUUGGUUCGUUAUGUUCUACGACGCCGAUGAAGGAACCAGCAACGCAUUCGUCCCGCUUUGGGAAACCGUUGCCCACAAACUUCGCGGUUUGGUGAAUGUUGGAAAAAUCGAAAUUUCGGUGAACGACGACGUGAAAGAGCGAUUCCACAUCGACGAGAAUGACUGUCCCGUGUUUCUAUUGUUCCAUCGUGGCAAAAUGUACCGCUAUAAGGAUACGGCGAAGGAUGUUCGCAGUUUGACGACGUUUGCCCUCAACAAGUAUAAAGAGCAACGGGGCCAUAGAGUUCCCGAGCCGCCAACUGCCAUCGAGCAAGUCUAUGAGUUUGCCAAGGAGAAAAUUAUGGAUAUUAUGGACGACAACCAGACACUUUCAAUUCUUGGCGUGGGUGGUCUCAUCGCGAUUGUUGCCGUCACAUUGGUCGUUAAAGCGUAUCGAAUUCGCGCCGAAAAUAAGAAUAAAACCGCAUAA